CAUCGAAUUCGUAUUUUAGUUUUUUUUUUACUUUCGAGCGGGAGUAUCUCAGUGGGUGGCGUUCUGCGCGUGCAGUGAAUAUUGUGAAUAUUAGUGAUACUUGUGAGAAUCAAACGCAGCCGGAACAGAGACAGCAGACAGACAGACAACCGCUCGGCACGAAGAACACUAGGACGGAGGGACGCGCGCGGGUGUCGGGCGGAAACAAACACUAUUUCUGUGAUUUUUGAGUGUUUCGAGAGCCUUGCCCAAAUUUCUACUUUGGCUGGUUUUUUAUAGCAGCGAGCGCGGCGAGCGGCACGGAAAUAAAUCAGAGCACCAAGGUGCAGAGAUGUCGCGGCGAUUUGCAUAAUUUUCGGGUCGUCUCAGCCGCAGCCGCAGCCGCAGCCGCAGGCAAAAGUUGUGUAAGAUUGCGAACCGCAGGAGGCCCGGCUCGCCACCAAUGGACGGGGAAAGCCGUGGCAGCAGCACCACCACCCACUCACCCGCCUGCACCACCCCCCCAGCCGCGAGCCCCGCCGCGCGGGAAGCCCGAAGAACCUGUGAAAAUGUCUAGUGCCCACUACCAGGCACUCGAGCCACAGACUUCCGACGAGGACAACGAGGACGUGGAACGGCCACAGCACCAGCACAGCAGCCACCAGAACCACCCGCAUCCCAUGGUCCGCAAGGGGGGCGUGGCCAGGCGCCGCUGCAUCCUGCCCCUCGUGGGCGUGGCCCUGUUCUUCUCCGCCCUCUGCUACCUCACCCUCAGCGGGGACACCCGCCUCGCCCUGGGACUGGGCGGCGGCGCCGAGGACUCGGAGGAGGGGUCCCACCACGGAUUAGGUAAGCAAGCGGUCCCAGUGACCCGGCCCCCCGACUGGCCUUGGAGGUACACCCGCCAGAGCCCAGCAAGAGAAGAGUUCCGGGGCAGAAUCAAAAGUCAAGAGGUCGAGGUUUCGUUAGCCAAGCAAGAACCCAAAACCAGGCUGAAAAUGGCCCGCAGAAGGCAUCGCUUCAACCCGAAAAUCCAUGGUAUAAACUUCCGCCCACUGAACGAAAGCCUGCACGUUUGCAGCGAGAGCUAUGAGGAUCGCCGGCAGUUUAUGCAGGAUAAGCCACGUUCUGAGUAUGCACAGUUGCCCAUUAUAUACUUCGUUACUCCAACGUAUCCGCGCCGGGAGCAAAUCCCAGAACUAACCCGCCUGGCGCACACCCUGCUCCAUGUUCCCCGACUGCACUGGCUGGUGGCGGAUGACCAGGAGAAAUGCAACGCCUUCAUGGGCACGCUGCUCAACCGCUUCGGUAUGCCCUAUACCCACAUGGUGAGCCCCAUGCCCAGCAAGUUUCGGAACGAGAAGCCCGCCCCACGAGGCGUGGCAAAUCGCAGGGCCGCCCUGCAGUGGCUGAAGCAGCACAAUUUCACCAACGGCAUUCUGUACUUCGGGGACGAUGAUAACACCUAUGACCUUCGUCUGUUCUCAGAAAUCCGGCAAACGCAAAGGGUUUCAAUGUUCCCCGUCGGCCUGAUUGCCGAUUAUGGGGUCAGUGGGCCAGUGGUGCGCAAAGGCAAGGUGGUAGCUUUCCUGGACUCCUGGGUGGCUGGGCGGCGGUGGCCCGUUGACAUGGCCGGAUUCGCCGUGAACCUGGAGUACAUGGCUCAGUAUCCCUAUGUAAAUAUGCCGUACAAGCCCGGAUACGAAGAGGAUCUCUUUCUCCGCAGCAUCGGGCUACAAAUGAGUCUGAUAGAACCGCGUGGGAACAACUGCACUGAGAUUCUCGUCUGGCACACCCAGACGAAGUCCAAAAAACUGGGCAUGGUUCGCUUAGAAAGUAAAUAUUUGGACGAUCGCUCUAACCUGGGCGCCCUGCUUCUCAAUCUUAAACUAAUGGGCGUGGCCAGUACGACGGAAAAUGAAGGACGCAAUGCACUGAUCAGCAAGAACGGCAAGGAGAAGCCGCACUCUGCCAUUCUCAGCUGAGUCUCAGGGUCCAACAUCCUAAGGAGAGCACGAAUAAUACUCGUAGACUUAUAGAGCUAAAUGUAAAAUAUUUCGAUAACAAACCAAAUCUCGAAUCACCCGCUUCCUGUAUUCCAAGUAGUUUUCCGUUCUAGUUAUCAGUCCUUUUCGCACUGCACAAUAUCUAGGGUAUAUAACUUUUUUACGACUUGCGUCGGUGCUGCCUCUCUGUUCUCAUCCAAAUGUAGUGUUAAUAAUAAUUAAUAAUAUUUAUGUAUGUACUGUUAAUUAGUUGUAGAUAAGUUUGUUCGUAAUAGCAAGAUAAUAAUCACAGGGACGGCCACAAAGAUAGGAUCAGGACUUAUUUAAAUAGAUCAUAAACGCAGACAGUAGGUUGUAAAUUCGUUUACGAAAGUGGUCAAACCUUUCUAAUUCUACGUUCUAAUUUGCUAAGCAAAGUAAAGGCUUUUCUUUAUAAGCUAUUCAGAUAAAGACCUUAGGGAGCUUGUUAUUGUUGUUAAUCACCUCAUCGACUUGCAACACUAAACACAUAUCACAAAGCUCGGAGUAAAUGAUUUAGGCUUUACAUUAGUUUUCGAAAUUAUUAAAAGCAAGCGUCUUACUAAAGGGCAAUAAAUUGGAAUAAUUAAAAUUGGAACUAACCUGUAAAGCAGUCAUUAAGAUAGUAGGCCAUAAUGUAAAAGAAAUAAAGGCUAGUUUUAUAAAGCUUCAUCCAAAACAAUUAAA